GCUGACAGCUGUCAAGAUCAUAUGUUACAAAAAAAAAACAAAAAAACAGCGAAAAAUCUACAAAGAGUGAUUCAUAGACGGAAAAUUUAAGCAAAAAACUUGUGUUCCAGUUUCAAAACGGAAAAACAAUGUUUCGGCAAACAGGUUUCGAAAAAUUACUGGAUAAAGCUACUAGUCAUAUCCUAAUGGAACCCGAUUGGCCAUCGAUCAUUCAAAUAUGUGAUUUGAUCCGACAAAAUGACGUCCAGCCUAAAUAUGCAUUAAAUGCUCUUAAGAAAAAACUACAAUCGCCAAACCCUCACACUUCACUCUAUGCUUUAUUGGUGUUGGAAAGUUUGGUAAAAAAUUGUGGAUCUGUUAUACAUGAGGAAUUAACAACUAAAGCAUUCUGUGACUUUCUUCAUGAGUUUGUGAAAACAUCACCUCUUGAUAAUGUGUGUCAAAAACUGUUAGAACUGAUACAAACUUGGAAUUUUGCUUUUAGAAAAAAUCCUAAACACGGAGCUCUAAAGGAUUUAAUGGCUGUUAUGAAAGCAGAAGGUUACAAAUUUCCAGUACUUAGAGAGUCAGAUGCCAUGUUUGCUGCUGACACUGCACCCGAGUGGGCUGAUGGAGAUGUAUGUCAUAGGUGCAGAGUGACAUUCUCAAUGAUAAACAGGAAACACCACUGCAGAGCUUGUGGGCAGGUUUUCUGUGGACAGUGUACUACACGAACAGCAGCUUUACCUAAAUAUGGAAUAGAAAAAGAAGUUAGAGUGUGUGAUUCAUGUUAUGAACAGUCUAACAAACCAUUCCAAGCACCAAAAUCACAGAAGCAAGAAGAGUUACCUCCGGAGUACCUUAAAAGUUCUCUGGCGCAACAGAAACAGGAGCCUCCCAGAAAAACUGAUACUGAAUUACGUGAGGAAGAAGAGCUGCAGUUGGCUAUAGCAUUAAGCCAAUCAGAAGCAGAUGCGAGAGAGAAUGAGAAACUGAAAAUUACCAAUACCUUGCACAAUGCGUACAACAAAGCUCCAGAGGCAGCAAGUCGAAGUCCCUCUCCUGUUGAGGAAGCAGCCAAUCCAGAAUUGGCGAAAUACUUGAAUCGCUCAUACUGGGAAUCCAUCCAAUCGAACGAUUCUAGUCGGGAACACCAAGCUAGCCCAUCAGCGCCCUCACCUGUUCCGUCAUUGCAAAGCAACGAGUCCAAACCUAAGCACAGGGAAAAUGGUGUUAGUGACACCAAUCUAGAGGAGUUCAUGAAGACAUUGAAAAGUCAAGUGGAAAUAUUUAUUAACAGGAUGAAGAGUAAUUCUAGCAGAGGCCGAUCAAUUGCCAAUGAUACUAGCGUGCAAACUUUAUUUAUGAACAUAACUGCAAUGCAUUCGAGGCUCUUAAAAUAUAUUCAGGAGCAUGAUGACACUAGAUUGCAUUACGAAAGAUUGCAGGAUAAAUUAACUCAGGUUAAAGACGCCAGGGCCGCCCUCGACGCACUCAGAGAAGAGCACAGGGAGAAACUGCGACGGGAAGCUGAAGAGGCGGAACGACAGAGGCAGCUACAAAUGGCACACAAACUCGAAAUUAUGCGCAAGAAAAAGCAAGAGUAUCUACAGUAUCAGCGGCAGCUUGCGUUGCAGCGCAUUCAGGAGCAGGAACGCGAAAUGCAGAUGCGUCAGGAGCAACAGAAACAACAAUAUAUGAUGGCGGGGGCCCAGUUUGGUGGUUAUGUCGGUUCGCCCGUUCACACGCAGCAGUUUCCGCCUAAUGUCGGCCCCCCUGGUGUAGGGUAUUAUGGGCAGUUUGGUCAGGUCUUGGGUCAGCAGCCGCCCGUUAAUGCCCAAAUGAUGCACAGUCUACCUCGCCCUUCGCAAGGACCACUACCUGCCCAACAAAUGCCACCCCAAAAUCAACCACCCUUAGGUACUUCUCAGCAGCCACCAUUUAAUUCGCAAAUGCCUCCUACUUCGGCAGUCCCGUUCCAUCCUCAGCAUCCAAUGAUGGUACAAGGUGGGAUGCCUCCAGGACAAAACCAAGGUGGACAAGCUCCACCACAAGCUGUAGGAGCAAUGCCGCCCCAUCCUCAGAUGCAAUACCAGAUGGGAGUGCCCCCGCAAAGCCCACAGCAAUCUCAGCCGCAAAAUAAGGAAGACGCUCACACAGCGGAGUUAAUAAGUUUUGAUUAAAUCUUGAUAUUGGGCUUAACUUGUCUUAUUAAUAAUAUUCAUGUGUUUAUUAUUCUUAUUAUUAUCACUGUACUCAAAGUAAAUUACACAUGGCUUGGAAAUAAAAUAGUUUGCAAAUAUUUUCUUUGUAGUUUAGCG